CGAUGCCACCUUUCACUGGUCAAUCAUUUUCGAACGAAUGACUAUGUGUCAAAUGUCAAUUAAAUACGUCAAAUUUAGGUUACUUUUGGCGCGAAGAAUUUUACUUGUGGACAUAUCUAUUUAUUUUUUGUGUGGCACAUUAUUUUAUAAUUCCCCAAGAAAAUGAGUGUUAAUACACAUCUAGACGUUAUUCAAGUAAAACCAUGAUUUGAUUCAGAAUACAAUGAGAUUGCUAUAAGGCCCCGCAAGUGUUGUCGAUUCAAACAAUCACACCAAUAUUGAUAAUUUUAUUUUGUGAUUUAAAAAUGCUAGCUGUCCCAGUUUCUAACAUGCCUGCUGGCGAGGAUUUAAAUAACUUGCCUAGUGAUGACUCUAGCGACGAUAGCUGUGCUCCUACUACUCAAGUGACCAAGAAACGACUUCAAAGAUUUUCCGACAGUGAUACUGAAAAAGAAAAUGUAUCAGACAAUAAAAACCAGGUUCGGGGUAAUCUGUCAGAUUCCAGCAGUAGUGGGAUAGAACGCAGCACCAUACCGUCAAAAUCUCUUGCAAAAAAGUCGCGAAUUCGCGUUGGUGGCAGUAGUUCGGAUUCCGAUGUCACUGAGGGUAUAAGGAGCGUGAAAAAUGAAGAACAACAAAUGAGGAUGAAGAACAAAAGAAACAAAUUAAAAGAUAAGUUCAAAGGUCUCCUCAAUUCAAGAGAUAAGCAGCUAAAAGAUGGUGACAAACAACCAUCAGAAGAUAGUCCUGAUGAAGUUGCAGAUGAUUCUGGUAGUGAAAUGUCUUCCAUAGCCAAAAUUAAGCAGAAAAUAAAAAAGACUAUGGCCUCCAUGUCUUCCAUAUGUGACCCUGAUACCUCUGACGAGGAGGAUAGCAUGAGUAAGAAGCAAAAACCUAAAAAAACAAAGAAACAGCAAAAGGCAACUAAGUUGAUUGAAGCUAAACCACAAAGAAUGUCAGCGAAACAGGCUAUGGAAAACAUGCAGUUAAUCAAAAGUGAAUCUAAUCGCAUGUUGAGGGAGAAAGCUGUAUCUUUGCCAUAUCAUAGACCAAAGGCAUUGUCUCUUAAAGAUAUUAUGGCUAGACGGAAGCCAGCAUUGACAGCAGACGGAAAGGCAUUACCUAUUAAAAUGAAUGGAGAUCAACUGAAACAAUAUGCACAACUAUUAGAGGAGAGACAAAAGGAAAUGAUGGAACUAUGUAAAAGUGAAUCUGAUGAAGAAACAGCUGAAAAUGAUGAAAAAUGUGAAGAAGCCAAGGCAGAAACUGAAUCUAAUAUUGAGACUGACAAAGAAAAGUCAAACAAUAUAAAUGAAUGUCCAGAAAAUGAGACAAUUAAAGACAAUAUUGAAACAACAAGCAAUGAGGCAAAUAUUGUAAAUGAAGUUACUAAUGGAAGUCCAAAUGACGAACUUAAAGACUUACCAGAGACUGAAUUAACAAAGAAUGUUGAUGAAAGUGACAAUACAGCUGAAAAUGCUACUCUUAACCCAGAAAAAGAAACUGAAGAAGAGGAAAAAGAUGAUUCAUGUUCUGAUUUGAAGUUGGUAUACAAUGACUCGAUAGAGGAAGAGGCCACUAAAGAGCAGACUGGUGCCUCUACAAUGAAAGAACAGGAACAGGUUGCACCAGAAAGGAGCGAAGAAACAACAACAAAUUUAGACAAUAAUGCUAAAGUGAAUUCCGAGCCAGAGAGUCAAUUAAUAUCAUUACAUUUUACUGAAAAUAAUACAGAAGAAAAUGGUGUUCAAAAGCCAGUUUCAGCUAUUGAUGAGAGCUCAAAAAAGAUGGAUACUGAAGAUGCUGACAUUCAAGAUAUGUUUUCAGAUGAUGACAUAAAUAUGGAAGAUAUAGAUAAAAUAAUUGAAAAUGCAGAAAUAAUGAAAGAUGACAAUACAAGCCUAAAUUCAAGGAGUUUAAAUGCUAAACCUACAAUAAUGGGAGCCCCUGGCAUGGUCAUAGAUUUGGAUGGUGGCGAUAUUAUGCCCAAAAGGCUAUCUGGUGUUGAACUGCUCAAAGAAAGGUUCACUUACUUUUCAAAAUUGAAAACACCUGAAGAACUUGAGAGAGACAAGGAGAAAAAACUAAAACCAGGUGCACAACAUUUGAAAUUGAAACAGGAAUUAGAAGAACAAAUAGCAGAGCAGCGAUCCCUCGAAUGGGCAAAGCGUCUUGAAGAGGAAAAACAACAAUACAAAGAAAUGGAAUCAAUUCUAGACGAUGCUGAAGACAGCUUUGAAAAGGCUGAAAAAGAUAUCGAAAAAGAUGAAGAAAACAUGGAGAAUGACGCAGAAUCAAGUAGUUCCGAAAGUGAGGAAGAAUUGGAGGAAAAUGAUGUUGAACUCAAAGAUAAACCUAAAAAACAGAAUCCGAUGCUAGAUGACGAGGCUGAGGAGUCUGACUGUGGUGACGAGGUUGAAGCUAACGAGGGUGUUAAUGAUGAGGCUGAUGAUGAAAUCGAUGAAGACAAUGGUGACGAUGACGAUGAUGAUUCAAGUGAUGAGUCUUCUGAAUCAGAAGAGGAAGCUGCAAAGCCUAAAAAAGGCAGAAUACUUAAAGCAUUUGAGGACUCUGAUGAUGAAGAAGUAAAAGAUGAAACUAAAAAUGCUGAUGUACAAAUAGAUAGUAAUGAAGAUACAGCUGCCGUUAGUAACGAGAUCCCAAGUGCUUCACAAGAUGACGUUUUACAAUUAGCACAGAGACACAUAUCUGCAUCCGAUGAUCUAUUCACAAGCCAGGAUAGCUCUCUUAAUGAUAAAAACAAAGAACGGAGCAGUGCAGGCGAUGAUGUUCUAGGGACUCAAACAUUUUCCAUACUGGAUUCCACAGGGGCACCUAAUGUGGAUGAUGAAAUGGACUCUCCAAGUAAAUUUAAUGUUCUGUGUAUGUCGCAGCCAUAUCAAGAUCCUAAUUUAAAAGACAUCGUGGAAGGUUCACAACUACCCAUAACUCAGUCAUCACAAUCGCAACCUCUUGGAGAAGAUAUACUAGCUCUUUGCACCGGCAAGUUUUACGAAAAUGAGUUCGUAUCACCAACCCACGAAAGCCAAAUUAACAAUACCAUUUCUCAAGAAUCAGCAAUAGAUAACUUUAUUGAAAGUCAGGAAGAAACUGCUACACUCACUACCUUAGUUAAUGAAAAGGAAAAUUCUCAAUCGAAAAUAGACAAUUUAAAUAGUUUAGAAGUUAAAACCGCAGAAAAUGAUAAUAAGAAAGUAAAGGAAGAUGGAAUUCUUCUUAAAUCCAUUCUAGACGAGUUACAUGAUCCAGAAUUUGACAAACCAAAGCAGAAUAAAUUCUUUACUGGUGGUACUCAAAAUAAAUCUGAAGAACUUCCCCAAAGUAGUCAAAUGAAGAAGAGGUUUAUUAUUGACUCGGAUGACGAGAAUACAAAUGAUAAUACAGAUAAUCAAGGGAAAAAGAAGAAAAAACUGAAAAAGAAAAAGGCUGAACAGAGAGCUCUGCAGAUUUCAGAUGACGAAGAAGAAGAAUUUGAUCAAGAAGGAGAUGAUGAAUUUAUGUCUGAAGCAGAAGAUAGUAAUGAAAGGGAGGUCGAGUACGAUUCUGAAGAAAAUGAGAUUGAAGUACAACCCGACAAACCUAAAAAGAAACGGAAGGUAGACGAUUUUUUCGAGCAAGAGGCUGAACUGACCAGCGAGGACGAGUGGGUAGGGUCUGGAGACGAAGAUGAGAAGGACCUGGAUAAGAUGGAGCGUGAGGCUGGAGACGACGAGGUCUUCCAUCAAGGAAAGCUCAGGAGGGAGUUGGGGCAGAUACAUAUGCGUGAUGUGUUGGAUCAAGACAAGCGCGAAGUCAGAAUAAUACAGGAGCUGUUGUUUGAAGAUGGCGACCUCGGAGACGGACACCGGCAACGCAAGUUCCGGUGGAGAAACGCAGGUGAUGAAGACGGGACUGGCACAGUGGUUGACGAGUUUGGUGACACACAGGAAGAAGAAUACGAAUCUGAAGAGCAAUGGAGGAAGCAGAGGCAUGAACGUGAAGUGUUUUUGAAACAAAUGCAAGAAAAAGACGAAGCAGAAAGUAGCCUGAACGUCAGUGUUAACAGAACGUCGAUAAUAAAAGCAAAUCUUUUAUCUAAAUCUAUGUCCAUGCUUCUGGAAGAAGUGAAUCAAACGAAUAUUGAGAAAACUGAGAGCCCAGUGCUACAAGAGAAAAAGACUACGAAAGAUAUACCUAGUCCAAAGAAAGCUUUUACUAUCUUCCAGCAAAACUACCAUGGAUCAUUACUAACGCGCGGCCGCGGUGCGCUGGCGCGCCUGGCCGCGCUGGCGACGCCGCUGGCUGCUGAUGACGACGCUCCCAAAACAAGCUCCUUAGCGCCACAUAAAGGAAACUUCGUCUUCGCUGCCCUCACGCCUAAAGAGAAGGAACCGAAGGUGACGAUUAAACGAAAGGCUGAUGCAAACCAGGGAACUCCGAAACUUGUUAAGAAAAUGAAAAUUGAAGAGAAAAAUGACAAGUUAUUUCCAUAUGCUGAAGAAAAUGUAAAGAGCUUCCUAGAUAAUCAGUGGGAGACCGAGGAUGUAAAGAAUGUCGUGUCUGCUCUCCGUAAACUGGCGCUGGAAGACAGGGAGAAUAGCGUUGAUGGAGUGGUCGCUAUUCCAGGAGAGGACGCAUCCAAAGAGGACCAGAUCGAAAGUCUCGUCAAGAGCGUCAAGUGGCAGAUGUCAUCAGACCGUAAGGUGGGCCCGCUCAAGGAGUUGCAGGGGCUCAUCUGGAAGCAGGGAUACGACAAGGGCGACAUCAAGGGACAUGUGUACGAUGACGUGUCGCCGGCCCUCGAGGCGUGGCGGGCCGCGGAAGGCCAGAAGGUGUACAUCUACUCGUCUGGAUCAGUCCAGGCACAGAAACUGUUAUUCGGCCAGUCUUCGGCUGGAGACCUGCUCAAGUACAUUGACGGCCAUUUUGACACCGCUGUAGGUGCUAAGCAAGAACAAGCUAGCUAUGCUGCCAUUGCAGAGAAGAUUGGCUGCAAGCCGGAGGAAGUAUUGUUCCUCACUGAUAUUGUCAAAGAGGCGGAGGCGGCGCGCGCGUCGGGCGUGCAGAGCGCGCUGGUGAGCCGCGAGGGCAACGCGGCGCUGCCCGCGCCCGCGCCCUUCCCCGUGCUGUACUCGCUGGCGCAGCUGGCGCACCCCAACAAGCGCAAGCAGGACCAGGAUGAACAGCCCACCAAAGUAUUGAAGACUGACGUGGACGCUGAUGUCAAGACUGCAGCGGAGUCUGAAGUGACUCCUGCACCAGAGGCACCAUCAGCGGCUGAAGCACCGAAAACAGAAGAACCGCCUACGAAAGUAGCGGAACCUGUUAAAACAGAAACUGCUCCGGUAGCAGAAGUCAAAGAAGUUCCUGAAACCAAACCCGCCGAGGAGCCAGAGAAAAUGGAGGUAGAUGAGCCUGCUGCUAAAGAUGAUGCUGCCCCAGUAGAUAACGAAAAGCCAAUUGAAAAGGUCGAAACUAAAGUGAAGGAAGUUACAGAUGCUAACGAAAUAGCAGACACUCCUGUUUGCGACAUCGAACCAAUAAUAGAAGAGAGUAGCGAUAAGACUGAGAAACCUGAGACUGAAAAUAUGGAAACUGAGUCUUCCGCAUCUGUUACUGAGCCGAAAGAGAGUGCUGAACUCAAGAAUGGCGACAAAGAUGCGCCUAUUCCGGAAGAAACUCCACCUACUACUAUUAUUACAGAGAUCAAGGAUGUCACCGACGAGAAGGAAGACAUAACUGAAGAAAUGAUUGAAAAUGUCGAACCCAUCGUCGAAGAACCCGCACAAGAUAUGGAGGAAUUACAGAAUGUUGGAGAAGUGCUCGAAAAAGAAUGCGACGAAAUUUUGUCAAAAGUGCAAGAUGUUACUAAUUUGGAUAGCAUCCCAAUCAAGCCUCUGCUUAAUACCAUUGCUGAAGAGACGAUGGACACCGAAAAUAUGGACUCAAACGACAUAGUCGAGGGAAUAUUAGAUUCAGAAAUGGAAAUGGAGAUGAAGCAGACUGCAGAAAAGGAAGCCAAAGUGGCAGAGAAAGCAGCUGAGGCUGAGAAAGCUGCAGAAACUAAAGACCUAGCUGAGGAAGCUAAACCUGAAGAAAAAACCGAGAAGCCUGAGCCAGUUAGUACUGAUUCACAAACAGUCCCACCUGAAGAACCCACAGAGAAAGUAACAGAAAAGAAAGUAAUUGAAGAGAAAGUGGAAGAAAGUAGUGCUAAGGAAACAAUAGUAGAGGAAAGCAAACCAGAAGUUGAAAACGUCACAAAAACUGAAGAAGUUAAGGUUGCAAAUAAAACAGAAACUGAAGUCAGUAGCACACCUAAAGCUGACGAUAGCAAAACAAAAGAAAUAGAAACUCAAUUAGAAGAAGUUAAAUCAGCUGAAAAAGUAGAAGCAGAGGGAAAGAAAGUCGAGGUCGAAAAAUCAGAAUCAGAGAAGAAAGAGGUAGCUGUCGAACAAGUCACAAAAGAGGCUGAGCCUACCCCAGUAGAGGCAGAGAAAAAGGAGAAAGUUCCUGAAGAGGCCAAGCCCGAGGAACCUAAAGAAACAAAAGAAGCGCAAGUUAACGGAAAGGCUACCAACGGCGACGCCGCCAUCCCUAAUCUAAACGGCGAUGCUAGCAAAGAAGACGAAUUAAGUGCUCGACUCUCGAUGGAAAACGGGAAAGAGGCAGUGAAUGGUGCGAACGGGGACUCAAACAAAGUAGACCAGGGUAAGAAGGAAAGUGUGGAGGUCGAGGUAGCCGACAUCAAGGUCAAGACCGUCGCUGUAGACGAGCCCCGCAAUGAUCCGAUAGAGCAGCCCACGGAAGCAUAAGAUAUUAAUUACGUGUCGGACGAGUGGAACUGCAGGGCGUCGUAGCGUUGUUGGUUCACAUCAGAAGAUUGACAAGACUGAGGUUGCUGCCACGCUAAAUGACAUCACUUUCUAGUUUAUACGUGUAUUGAAAUUUCACUUGUACCGCGUCGUGGCGGCCGGUGCGCACUGCUGACGCGAACAUAACUUACUCAUACUGUAACCGUAGACACGACUUGUCAGGACGCAUUUUAUUCAACGUAUUACCUUAUACUGUACUUAGGUAACUUUUAGUACUAUUAAUAUUAAGGAAGCCCCAAGUUACGAGACGGUACUUACUUACUAUACAAUAAUGUACUCGACAAGUCUUUGUGUAGAUUUUAAUACAACACCGUUACCAUUGCAUUUCACUGUGACAGGUGUGUACUAAGCUGUAUUGAUUACUGAGCACCAUUCCAGGUUAAGCCUGCCGAAGUGAGAUGCCAUGCGUAGAGGCAAUCUGUUGACGUAAGAUUAAUUUUGCUGUAAGUAAAGUUAUUGAAUGUAAGUCACAUAGAUGUAAGAUCGAAACUUUUAUUAUUAGACAUUCCUGUAAGCGUACAACUAAAUGUGGGUUUAGUAUUUUUAAUGAACUUCUUGCAUAAUUUCUUAUGUUUUGUAAAAUAAGGCCAAAUCAUGGUGCUUUAUACGAGUUGCCUGAAUGUGGGCGUUAUGCUAUUCCACUAUUUCUGUAUUAGCCCGAUCGAUGUGAUGAUACUCAAGUUUUUCGAGUUGUCGGUAGUGCUUCUGUACGCCCUCCGCGCACAAGUUAGAUAUUCCCGUCGGAGGCAGCUGCGGGCGCCGCCAGUGCGCACUGUCUGUCAGCGCUUAUCGUAUUUGACUUAAGUAAGAUCUAUUCAUAAGUAUUAACUGUAUUGUGAUUCUUAAUUAUCGUAUAUGUAUUACUCAACUUUUCUUAAACCCACUGCCAAACCUGUGCAGUGUCUUUUGCCGUUGGUCCGCUGGCUACCGGUGUUAUUGUGAUAUGAGCAUGACGCGGACAGGGGAGUGUUCGAUAGGCUGUGUUAAGUAUUUAUUGGGUCGGGUGCAUAGUGGACGCUUAUGUACAGUUGGUUCUAUUAUUUAUUUAGGCAUCAUAAACUUGUAUGUAUAAAGUUUUAUAUAAAUUUAAUGUAUCUUACUAUUUUUUUUAUAAUUUGGACUUGAUUUAAUGUUUGUGAUGUGACGAGCUUAUUUUUUGCUGUAUGCCUUUUAAAGGGCGAUUAGAACAAAGCAUGUGCGCUUCUUGUAGAAACAUUGUGGUGUUUGUUGGUGCGAAUAUCUGUUAGGUUGUGUUUGUCCUCGCUUUACUGCAACUUUAAUCAUUUCGAAUAAGCUUUAAUUGGGAAAAUGCCAAACAAAAUUGACUGAGAAUUGAACAGAACUAGUCUUAUCUUACUUGGAAUCUCGGUGUAGAUAUGUUUGGUUUAUUUUACAAAUUUGACUGAAUUUACAAAACAUCUGUAGGGUAUUGUUCUUUAUUAUUUAUAAGUUAUUUUUGUUCCUGUGUUAGUAUGUAAGGCCGAAACUGAUAGUACAGUAUUGAAGUAGGCUGUGGACCAACGACAAAUGAUUGCUCAGGCAUCUUCGUUUAGACUGAUUUUUUACUACUCUGACUGCUAUGUUCAAUCAUUAUCUAUGAGAUGGAGCUGGACAUAUACAUACUAUAGCGACAUAUCACUAGAUAAUGGAUGAGCAUCGUUCUAUUUAACAAAUAAGAAAAUCAAGCAUUUAAGUUCGUACAUUUUAUUGUAAAAAAAAAUAAACAAGAAAUCUUAAACCAAUUGAAUGUAUUAAUUUUAAUUGUCACCACUAAUGACGUUAAAAUAUAAUGGAUGUAGAUUUUUUCA